UGGAGAGGAGGAGGAGGAGCCGCCUCCGGAGCCCGAGCCCCAGCCGGAGCCGGAGCCCGAACCCGAGAAAGCAGAUGCCGAGAAUGGGGAGAAGGAAGGAGUUCCCGAGCCACCACCGGAGCCCCCCAAGACGCAAGCACCUCCUUCACCCCCUCCAAAGAAGGAGGAAGCUGGGGGCGAAUUCUGGGGAGAGCUGGAGGUGCAAAGGGUGAAAUUCUUGAACUACCUCUCCCGGAACUUUUACACGCUGCGAUUCCUUGCCCUCUUCUUGGCAUUUGCUAUCAACUUCAUCUUGCUGUUUUAUAAGGUCUCAGACUCUCCGCCAGGGGAGGACGACAUGGAAGGCUCAGCAGCUGGGGACCUGUCGGGUGCAGGGUCUGGUGGCGGUUCUGGCUGGGGCUCAGGGGCCGGUGAGGAGGCAGAAGGUGACGAGGAUGAGAACAUGGUGUACUACUUCCUGGAGGAGAGCACGGGCUACAUGGAACCUGCCCUGCGAUGCUUGAGCCUGCUGCAUACGUUGGUGGCCUUUCUCUGCAUCAUUGGCUACAACUGCCUCAAGGUGCCCCUGGUGAUCUUUAAGCGGGAGAAGGAGCUGGCCCGAAAGCUGGAGUUUGAUGGUCUCUACAUCACAGAGCAGCCCGAGGAUGACGACGUGAAGGGGCAAUGGGACCGAUUGGUGCUCAACACGCCGUCUUUCCCCAGCAAUUACUGGGACAAGUUUGUCAAGCGCAAGGUCCUGGACAAGCACGGGGACAUCUAUGGGCGGGAGCGGAUCGCCGAGCUGCUGGGCAUGGAUCUGGCCACGCUGGAGAUCACAGCACACAAUGAGCGCAAGCCCCACCCGCCGCCCGGGCUGCUGACCUGGCUCAUGUCCAUCGAUGUAAAAUACCAGAUCUGGAAGUUCGGGGUCAUCUUCACAGACAACUGCUACCUGUUCCACAUGUACGUGGGUGUCCGGGCUGGCGGAGGCAUCGGGGACGAGAUUGAGGACCCAGCGGGGGACGAAUACGAGCUCUACCGGGUGGUCUUCGACAUCACCUUCUUCUUCUUCGUCAUUGUUAUCCUGCUGGCCAUCAUCCAGGGUCUGAUCAUCGACGCCUUCGGUGAGCUCCGAGACCAACAGGAACAAGUGAAAGAGGAUAUGGAGACCAAGUGCUUCAUCUGCGGGAUCGGCAGCGACUACUUCGACACGACACCGCACGGGUUCGAGACCCACACGCUAGAGGAACACAACCUGGCCAAUUACAUGUUUUUCCUGAUGUAUUUGAUAAACAAAGACGAGACAGAACACACUGGUCAGGAGUCUUAUGUCUGGAAGAUGUACCAGGAGAGAUGCUGGGAUUUCUUCCCGGCUGGCGAUUGCUUCCGCAAGCAGUACGAGGACCAGCUUAGCUGAGACCCCCCAGCUGGCCCCACCCCCACCUCAAGUGCCUUAUUCUCACAGCAAGGCCCUUAGCCUCCAAGCCCCUUGCCCCGAGGCGGCUGGGGGAGAGGUGACCUGGUCCUGGAGAAAUAAAGCCUGUGCUACACCCCUGGCA